AUACGCGAGCUUGCCAUCUGAAUAUCAAGCCUACACAAGGAUUAGAUACGCGAGAUGCCCAUCUAAAACAACCCUUCACAAUAUGAUUAGAUACGCGAGCUUGGCAUCUGAAUCAAAUCUUUACAGGGAUUAGAUAGUUACGCGAGGUGCCCAUCUGAAUCAAGCCUUCACAGCGAUUAGAUACGCGAGGUGCCAAUCUGAAUCAAGCCUUCACAGCGAUUAGAUACGCGAACUUGCCAUCCAGCUCAAGCCUUCACAGCGAUUAGAUACGCGAGCUUGCCAUCUGAAUCAAGCCUUCACAGCGAUAAGAUACGCGAGCUUGCCAUCUGAAUAUCAAUCCUACACAGCGAUUAGAUAAGCGAGCUUGCCAUCUGAAUAUCAAGCCUACUCAGCGAUUAGAUACGCGAGAUGGCUAUCUAGAUCAAGCCUACAGAGGGAGUAGAUACACGAGAUGCCCAUCUAAAACAAGCCUUCAUAAAAUGAUUAAAUACGCGAGCUUGCCAUCUGAAUCAAUCCUUCACAGCGAUAAGAUACGAGAGCUUGCAAUCUGAAUCAAGCCUUCACAGCGAUAAGAUACGAGAGCUUGCAAUCUGAAUCAAGCCUUCACAGCGAUUAGAACCGGAAAACACUUGUUUUUUUAUUUUCAUUUUAUUUUACAUAGAUUGUGCGUUCGCGUUAGGAAUGGAGAAUGAACGUAUCCUUAAUUCCCAAAUCACCGCCUCCUCUUCCUUUGGACCUAACCAUACGCCGUGGCAAGCACGCCUUAACAAUCAAAUGAUCAAUGGCGGCAGUACUGGGUCCUGGUCAGCUCAAACCAGUACCAUUGAUGAGUGGCUACAAGUCGACCUUGGCUCAGAGAAGACCAUCACCAAAGUUGCCACUCAGGGGAGACCGAAUAAUCCUCAUAAUUUUUAUCAGUGGGUGAAGAGCUAUGCGAUACGGCACAGUCUGGAUCGAGCUACCUGGUCAUUCUGCUCAGAAGGAGGGGCCAUUAAGGAGUUCCAGGGAAACACGGAUCGAAAUACUCUGGUGUCCAACUAUCUUCCAGAGCCUGUCCGAGCGAGAUAUGUCCGAUUUGUUGUCAAGGCGUGGGAAGGUCAUAUCUCAAUGAGAGCGGAGAUCUACGGGUGUGAUGACUGACCGAACUACCAGCUUCGACCGGACGACCAGGGCCCAUUGUUUCGAGCUCAAUUUUAAAUCGACUUCCUUGAAUUAAUGGUUUCAAUUUCACGAGUUUGGCGAAUAUGCCUUUUGAACUUUGGAGAAAACCUCACGAUAGGUAAUGAUUUUGAAAUUGAAGAAUCUCGAACUCGAAUAAAAGCUCGCAAAUGAUCUUCUAUAAUAAUCCAUAAUAAUAUUCUAUAAAUAAUAUAUUCCAAUUUCAUUUUUUAAUUAAUUUAAUUCUACUUUCAUUUUCUAAUUUUAUGCAUUGUAUUUAUUACUUGUAAGUAUAAUAAAGUAUCUAUGAGGACCCUCAUAAAAAUCACCCAAGUGGUAAUAAGGCCUCCUUUUUGAAUAUAUAAUUAUUAUUAUCAUUAUUAUUAUUAGGAUCAUUGGCAUUGCCAUUGAUGCAUACAUCCAAACAAUUGUAAUCGAAUUUUAGAACAAUUGUAUCCAAGCACAAGUUUGUUUA